AUUCCCAGUCCUGUUAGUUUUCCUCAGUUUUUCCCUCUGACUGCACAGACCGCAGUGCUGCAGCUGCUUUAAAUGGACGUGUUGGCCGUCCCCGCAGACCGGCAGAAAGGAUGGUACCUUUCCCUCAUGGCCCCCAACACAAAAGGACCAGAGUACGCCUGGCUGGACCCAUCCAGACUCUACUGCAACCCGCAGGCUCUGGCAGACUGCGUGAAAGACCUUCUGAGUCGCUUUCACAGCGACCCCAUUGACCUGGUUGCUGGGAUCGACGCCAUGGGAUUUAUUCUUGGUGCGUCUGUUGCCACCACUCUUGGAAAAGGUUUCCUGGCCAUUCGAAAAGCGGGUCACCUGUGCGUCGCAACCCAAAACCAAAACUACACAGACUACACAGGCAGAGAAAAGACUAUGGAAGUAAGGCUGGAUGUGCUAAAACCAGGUGUGAGGGUUCUGCUGGUGGACCAGUGGAUAGAGACGGGAGGCACGAUGAGGGCCGCCAUCCAGCUGGUGGAGAAACUGGGAGCCACGGUUGUAGGUGUAGCAGCCGUGGCCAUCGAGAACACCGAGGGAGGGAAGUGGAUCAAGGAAAACUACAAGUUCUCCCACUGCAUCCCAGAAGCACUGCAGAGCCAAGUCGACGGGAAAUAUCUGAACUUUUUCGAAAGCUUUAACAAGUAGAGAGAAAUUUCAGAGCUCAGUGAAGAACAGAAGAGACAUUUUGAAGGAAAUACUUUAAUUUGCAUAGAAAUACAGUGAAGUAAUAGAUGAACGACUUGUUUUAAUACUUUUUUUUACUAACAUAAUUUGACAGGAUUGCUUGUGAUACUGACAUAAAAUAAAAUUAAAAUCUUAAA